AUGGAUUAUUUUGAAAAUUCUGAGGAGGGAGAAAUUUGGAGGAAUGCUGAGUUGGCAAUUUCUGAGCCAUGCACUGCUACUAGAAUCAACAAGGAACCUCUCCGCGAAUCUUGGCGUGAGAAUGCAACUGUGUUUCUCACGGCUUGCACGGUUCUGGAGAAUAAAUGUGGACAACUUGCCUCCCCUUCCACCUUUCAAGGAAAACUGGAUUCUGUUUGCCAACAACUCCAUAACAAGCAGCAGCAGCAGUAG